GCAUAGCUUUUCCGACAACUCGGGACGGGACCAGCGAUCAGUUCAGUGCGCGAGAGUGCGUCGUCGAGCGAAGAAGCAACCAAGAAAACAGACGGAAAGCGAACAGGCCGGGUAGAAAGCCAACGGGAACUGUGUGUAGCCAAGUGAAAGUGUGCGAUUUAUUUAUAGAGCGUGCAUAUAUAGACACCUAUAUAAAGCAUACACAUAUAGAUUGAAUCCACAGAUCCACAUUGAUAUAGAUACACUUGUACAUAGCAGUUGCAUAGCAAAAGAACAAAAAAAAAAGAAAUAAGAAAAGAGAAAAGAGAAAAUGACGGACGUGCCGGAGCCCGUGCGCAAGUGCGCCAAUCUGUUGAAGGGCACACGCAGCGAUACUGAAAAGUUUGCGGCCCUGUUCAUGGUCACGAAGCUGAUGAAGGGCAAGGACUGUAAUACGGCGGGAAAGAAGCUGCUUUUCGAGGCAAUUGGAUUUGCAUUUCUGCGCAAGCUGCUUGUCUCCAAGGAGUUGCCCAGCGAUUGCCCACCGUUGGUGUACAAAAGCGUCGCAUUGUCGAUACUCACAGGGUUCUGUCAGGAGGAGGAGCUGGCUACGCAUAAGGACAUCAUCGAUGCGAUACCCACGCUGCUGGAGAUUGUCGAGCAGGCGGACGAUGAGGAUUACGAGGAUAACUUGAUUGUGGUCAGCGAAGCGUACAGUUGCCUCAAGAGCAUUGCCAGCUAUGAGCCCGGACAACAGGCUCUUCUGGCCACGGGAGCCAUACCCAAAAUGUCGCAGAUCUAUUCGGCCCAGAGUUUCCAAACGGAUGAGGCUCUGCACUUGAUUGUGCUGCUGGUAAAGAAGUUCGGUGUGAUCUCGUGGCCGGAGGAUCCCACAGCCUUCCAUGCUUUGAUCCAGCGCAUUGCCCUGGACAUGGAGACGGAUCACACGGAACGCAAGUACGAACUGUGCCGCAUACUCGCAGAUAUCCUGAUCACCUGUCGUCGCGAGAUUGUGCUCAACUCGCUAGAAGGUCAGAUCUGGCCGGAGAGCUUGUUCAAGGGCUGCGGAGAUAUACUGAAGGCCAAGAUUGGUCCCAAGCAGCGGGAUCCGGCAUUGCAUUUGAUUGCCACCACGCUGCAGGUGCUGGGCAUGCAGUGGGCCUUCAUGGACGAACAGAAGCAGUUCUUCCUCAUGCUGCUGCAGCUGGCGGCCAUCGAGGUGCGCAUGCAGAUGGACGAGAAGAAGCUGGAGACAACGUUUAAGCAGGCCGAGUUGCUCACCUGCUGCUUUGUCAUACUGGAGCAGUGCAUCGAGUAUAUGGCCACCGAUCAGCUGGACCUCGAGCCCAAGGAGAAGCAAACCACCUAUACGGCCCUCAAGGGUGCCUUCAACCAGGUGCUGGCCGUGCUGAAUCGCGUCAGUCAGGACAAGAUACGGGAGAAUGGAAACCCACGCGACAAGGCCUUCAUUGUGGCCACAGUGCGCAUACUGUCCGCCUGGUUGGCCCAGGAGACAACCGCCAUGCGGCCGGCCAUCUAUAAGCUGUUGCCCUUCAUGCUCAAGAUUGCCAAUGAGAGCUUCCAUGAGCUGAAGACCUGGCGUGCCGGUCCACGUGAGGGCACUCCGCCUGUGGAUAUUCUGCGUGUGAUGAUGCCAGCGUUGUGCCACUUUGCCGUCGAGGAUGAGGCUCGUCGUGUGCUCUUCACACACAAGCAGGACGAGGUGCUGCUGGAGGCCAUCGAGCUGUACUUCAGCAUCGCCCACUGGAAGCGUCCGCCAAUUCCCCGGGCGGAGCGUCUGAAGCGCAUGAAUGAACCCGAUCCGGUGCCCACGCCGGAGCAACAGGCAGAGAUGAAGGAGGCACGCGGUGCUAUUGUUGCCCUCUGCAACACUCUUAUGAACUUCACCGUUCUGGAGCCCAAGCGUGCCGAGGAUGCACCCACCUUUGCCAAUCUGCUGAAGUUUGUGGUCGAGAAUCUACCCGAGCUGAAGGAUACUCCCGACAAUCUAGUUAUUCAUGGCAAUCUGUCUGUGCUGGGCCUGCUGCUGCUGAAGCAACAGUCCAAGAAGGUCAAACAGAACGACUUCUCCAUAUGCCGUUACAUACAGGCAACCAUACGCUUCCUGUGGGAUGCCUACAACAUCGACGAGAGCAACGAUCCCACGGCCCUUGUGGUAUCCAUUGCCUACAAGGGCUUCUGGUCAGACCUCUCCGAGCUCUGGUUCCUGGGCAUGCAAACUAUGUGCGGUGUCCUGCCGCUGGUGCCAUGGCUCUCGGAGUUUGCCCUCGAAUCCGGCUGGGCUGAGGGCAUUGUGAAGACGCUGAAGAAGGUUAAGAUUGGCACACUUCCCGCCAAUGUGAAGUCCGCCUACGAGGACUUUCUCUCCCAGCUCGUCGAUGUCAAUCCCGAUGUGGUCGCUGUGCUCAAGAAGGCUGAUGCUCUGCGUGUCUGUCGCAAUCACCGGAUGAUGGAUCUGGGCAAGAAACUCUUUGGCGAUUAAGAUCUUCAAUAGACGCUAGGAUCAAGAAUCCUCUUAACUAUUUUUGUAUGAGCUUUCUUUUUAUUCGGUGUAUUCCCUCUGUGGGCAUUUUGUGUGUGUAUGCGUGACGUGAUGACGUCAACAACAGAAACGAGUUAGAGAAAUUUCUUUUGCUAACCGAAAUGGAAAUAUUUUAUAUGCACUUUUAUGCUAAUUUACUAAUUUAACAAUUUAAACAUUUUAUAGACGAAAAAUAAAUACAAAUU